UCCAAUCAGAUCACUGAAAAUGGAAAGUGGCCUCGCCAUCGCGGAGGAAUUGCAUGGCGCGCAGAUAAUCAAACCAGCGUAGUGGAUCAUAUAUUUUAAGCACUCUACAUCUGUAUAUUAUUAUUUUUUUUUAUUAUAAUGUCUCAUGAUUUCUCUGCAGGUCACAGCAAGCCUCCUCCCAAAACAGCAGGAGCCAGUCAUAAGAGGCGUAAUCGUCAUUCAUAAAUCUGGCCACUAAAAAGCGCCUUUGAACAGGAAUGGAAAUUGUAAAUUAUGAAAGUCUGCGGAUAGAUACAAUGUUUCACCGGCCGCGCUUUUCUGUCCGGAGUCCCGUCCGCCCGCUUUUAACCGAAAUAAACAAGCGCUCAAUAUUUAAUGAGCCAAGCGAGUAGGACGAAUUCUCAGCAACUCCCCUGUUUCUACAGUUGAAAAAUGGGCGGGAAGCUUGCAUAAAACUUUUGAAACCUCAUCCCUUAAAAUGUCAUUGGAUACAGCCACUCGUUAAACAAAAUCAGACUAUCUUCCUUUUUUUUAAUACACCGAAUUGCCAUAAACCCCUGCAGCCCCGCAGUAUGAAAUUCCAGACGCGAUCAAGGGGAAUCAUCUCCGAAAGGACAACCAUGUCGUUACCUCACUGAGCUGAUUAUUUUUAAAUCGGGGUUUUUGGACGUGGUAGCUGGGUCGCUAUGCACCUGUGUACCGGGCGAUUUUUCUCAGACGGUGACCCGCGGAGAACCUCGCAGGACGCAUUCGUGGACUUGAACGCUGUAAAAUAUGUACUAUUUAUUGGCACUACAAUCGGGAAUGCGUCGGAUAUUUUUUCCGCCAAUACUGCAUUUCUUUGCUUUUCUCCAAGCAAUCAACAUAUGAAUACUGACUUCCGGAUACGUUUUACCUUGCCGAAGCAUUGAAUGAUCAAAAAUACAACGGCGUUUUUUUUUAGCCAUGCCGUACGUUUUCUUUGAACUUGUGCGUGGAUGUUUUAUUCUCACGUUUUUAUACCUCCACAUGCUGGAUUGUUUAAACAAGCGGGUUGCAUUGAGUGUUCCUUUCAUAACUGAAAGAUUUCAGCCUUCCGAGGAUGUUGACUGAUGCAAGGACAGAGCAGUUUUCAUGUAAGCUCCGCUGCUGAUUUUAUUAUUAUUUUUUUGUACAUCUUGCAGCCCGGCCCCAGAUGAGGGGUAUAUCAGGACCCGGAUCGAUGCAAUCUCUCAACCUUAGGUGAUCGCACAUGCAUCCAACGCUGGGAAAAGCGUAACAUCCCUCUUUUCUGAAGUGAUGCGGAUUGUAUAGUGGGAUGGUUUUAAAGCGGAAGGCGGAUCAUGGCACGGUUCCAGUUUCUUUUUGCUAAGUAGUGUAUUUACCAGUCUUAUGGUAUGCGCCGUCAUCAUAUACGUCUAAGCAUAAGAAAACAAGCGAGUACACACUUAAAUUAAGCUGCAGCGCUUUUUUCCACCACCUUGAAAAUUGCUCUGCCACCAUCGUUUGUUUUUAUGAAGAAUGGCUGAUUUGACUGAAGCAAACAAGCUGACCAGUGCAUCUGCAAGGGGAGACUUGUCAGAAGUUGAAACAUUAUUACAAAGCGGGGCAGAUGUCAAUAAGGCGAACCGUUUCGGCAGGACGGCGUUACAGGUAAUGAAACUCGGUGUCCCCGGUCUUGCUGAGAUGUUACUUGAAGCGAAGGCAGAUCCGAAUAAGCGCGACCCGGUGAAAGACCUGACGAUCGCUCACGACGCCGCCCGGGAUGGCUACCUGGACACGCUACGGGUUUUAGUGAAGUACGGCGCGGACGUCAACGCGGUGGACAGUGACGGCAACCUACCGCUGCACCUGGCCGCUCAGGCCGGCUGCCUGGAUGUGGUUGAGUUUCUGAAGCAGUGCACGGCGGACCAAGGGAGUACGGCGGAUGACCUGGUGCCGACGCACAGCAAAGAGUGCAUCCAAGGGCGUAUGCAAUCUCAGAAUUAAAGCGUUUUUCUUUUUUAAAGAUGAUGUUAGGCGGGUCAAAUUAUGGAAAAGAAAUCUGCCCUCUCUUGAAAUUGUAUGAACACACCUAACCACAAAACAAAAAUAAUUUUAUUUGUAUAACAUCGAAUUUUAAAGUGAGCCCCAUAUAUAUAUAUAUAUAUAUAUAUAUAUAUAUAUAUAUAUAUAUAUAUAUAUAUAUAUAUAUAUAUAUAUAUAUAUAUACACACACACAUACAUACACACACACACGCACGCACGCACGCAAACAUACACAUCACACAUGUCACAUACGAUGUACAGGAUAGUCAUAAACGGUCAAAUCGUUAUCACUGUGACAUUAAGGUAUCCCACAGCACCAUUACGGUAAAAUGAAGGUACGUCAUAGUUGUAUUGUUUUCCAGGGUGUUUUUUUUUUCUUUUUUUUUUUUUACAUAUUUCACACCAAUCGUGUAUCUCAAGCUUAGUAAAUAACACUUAUAAAAUGUCUGACAGGCUACCCAGCUUUUGAUUUCAAAUUCACUUUACCUGCCCUUCCUUUGCAUUGUUAUGCGUCAUAUGCGUAUUUAAAUAUGUUCAUUUCGUUUUUAUUGUACAAUUUCAUCCGUGCUAUGGUACGGCUCUUCUUGCAGAUGAAGAGAUGUGGCCUUAUACGUUUUGUUUUGUGUAUUUAUUUGCACUUUUGUUGUAAAUAAUAAGUAUUUCGUCAAUACUGAACUGUGAAAGCAUAGAAAUUAUUAACAUUUUAAUGUGACUUGUAAAUGUGACCAAAGACAUUGCUAUUUAAUGUGUACAUUGUGUGAUUCUUUCAAAACUCGCAAAAUUUUAAAGCAAAAGACUCAUUAAGAAACUAUUUCUUCAUCAUGUUGAGUAAACUUAUAUUCGGUUGUCACUGUCAUUUCUAAAUGUAGGCUAUACCCACAAAACUGAAACCAUAUUGUGUUUUUGUUUUAAAAGAAGGAAUACGUGUUAUUCUAUUUCAUAAUUUAAUAUUGUAAAUUAACAUUUCAUUUUAAGAUAUACUCAUCUCUGUACACUGCAGAGAAUUUGUGAGUGAAUUUCUUUAAACAUGAGCGGCCUGUAAUAAACAAUAGACAAAG